AAUUAUGUUUUUUGGUAUAAAACCGAAUAAACCGAAAACCGACGGUAUAUAAACCGAACCGAACCGAAGUAAAUAUGGAUUUAGAAUGGUAGUUAUAUUUUACUAACCGAAAUACCAAAAACCGAAAAAAACCGAACCGAAACCGAACCGAUAUCCGGAUUGAACACACCUACAUGGAAGUUAUAAAAUUUUGCAUUCCAUCUUGUCAUGUUCAAUCUUGCUUUUGUCAGUUUUUAUCAUUUUUUUCAACCUCUAAACAAGCAGUAAAAUGUUACAAAAAAAAACAAGCAGUAAAACUUUUCUUAAUAGCUCUGUGCAUGUAUAUAAAACUAUCACUGAAAAGAUAUCCAAGAGAUGAUGGGAUGUUAGGUUGGACUUUGGAUCGGUAAAAUCACUAUCCAAACUUUCAAUAAAGCAUAUGAACUUUGGCUUGUGUUUAGUUACAUUGUGUAAAUUGGUUAAUCCAUUUGGUAUAAAUAUUAAUACUUUUUUGUGUAACAUACGAUUAUAUUAAAAUAAAAGCUUAACAUGGUUAACCGAUUACAACUGAAACCAUGUUCAACUAAUUAACGGUAAAAAAAAUAAUAACUGAAAGUUUACUCCAAUGUAAGAUGAACAAUAAAAACAGUACAAUAAAACAAGCAAUAUAAAUGUUAAAGAGAGGGACAUGAUGAAAGUAAAAAAUCCAUAGAUAUUCUUCACUUGUAAUCUUGAAAUGGUCAUUCCAACAAGUUUGCAAUGGUCGGAAACGACGAUAAAAUAUCCAACUAAAGAAGUUUUGAAGAGACAAGAAAUGUUCUUUGAUAACUUAGAUUUGGCUAAACAACCAUUAAACAAACACAAUCAGCUCUAAGACUGACAAGGUUAACCAAAAAAACUAGGCGAAUCUCAAAAACAUCGGUUUAUUGUUCGAUGAGAAGGCCGAAGAAACGGCUGAGGGCCUGAGGCUAAUGACAACUCUAAAUACAUAAUAUAAUUAUAUAAAUAUGAAUACAUAAGUGCGUCGUCCUUUUUUUUUUUGCUAAAUGCAUUUUAAUCAAGUUGAGUGUAUGUAGAGAUAUUUUUCUAUUUUUCUUCAUCACAAUUUCUCUUAACUUCCAUGAAUUUUUUAAAAUAGUAAUAUGUUAUUAAAGCAAAAGAAAAAUCGAGCUUCAAUCAUUUUCCACUUCAUUUGGUUCCAUGAUUCAAUUGAUUGUUAUUGACUGAUUACUCUUCAUCUUCUUAGUUUGACGACUCAAGUUUGAAUUUCAACAAAUCAUCUUCACCGAACCUCAUAAAGAUUGUAUUCCAGUUUGGAUAUUUCAAGUAGUUUCAUAUACUUUUUGAUAUUUUGGUUAUUUUGUUCUUGUGGCAAUUUCCAAAAAUUGAAUUAUUUAGAGUACACAGACGGCUAUACUUAUUAUACACAUUCGUAAUUGCUAUGUGUAUCCAAUUUUCAAGAUGGAUAAGUUACUACAACAGGUUUGAACACGGAUCCAAUAUCUAAGGUCGGAUAUGAAUUAGAUCAGGUAAAUCAUUUGGAAAUGAACGUUUUUCAUUAGAACUCUUAAAAAUGUUUAAACUUCUAGUUGCCUAUUUAAUAUUUCCAUGUUCUUUCAAUUAACUACUUCACUGUGUAUGAACCCCAAAGCCCAUUACAUUUAAGAUUGCUAAAAAAAACACUAAAGUUAACAGUCAUUUUCACAUGGGAGUGGCCGGCUCCUUUCUCUAUAGUGACUCUACAUAUCCAAAGAGCCAAACUUGAAACAUUGAGUGUCGAUUUUAUUUUCAUUUCUUUUUGUGAUCAUGGAAAAUCCUUUUUCUGGCUCUUGGAUACCCAAUUGGCUCAACACUAUUUUCUAUCCUCAAAUACAAUAAUUAUGCCCCUUGUCUCAUUCCAUGUAACAUAUACUCCACAUGUAAAUUUAAUAUAAUUUUUUGAGAAAUAUAAGCUCCUCUAUGAACUCUAAAGUUUUAACCACUUGCAUCAGUUGUUCACAUCAACCACGUAUAUAUAUAUAUAUAUAUAUAUAUAUAUAUAUAUAUUUUUUUUUUUUUUUAAGGUGAAAUUUAUUGAAGAAUGUUUGGAUAUUCAAAUUAUGGAAACAAAACUACAUGAAGAUUAAGUAAAUGAGAACAAUAACCUCACCAGCAUCUGAAUUAGAAGUACAUCUCGAAGCUUUGAGUUGGAUGACUUUGGCAGCAUUGAAUUCGCCAAGUGACUACUGUUGCAAGCUCUACUUGAAAUAUGACAGAAUUCGCCAAGCAUUCAAAUUUUCACUAUAUUUACUUGAAAAUGACCUUCUUCUUGUCAUGCAUCUUUGCGAAAAUAAUAUAUAACAAACUAUUCAACUAUGAACGACGAGUAGUGUUUAACUGUUCUGAAGCAUGUUCAUUUCAUGAGUGAUCAGACGAUAUAUUUCUGUUAUAAAAAACUCGUUAUAUCUUGAGUACUCUUUCAUUGAUUUAUGUCUUGAUGGUCAUCUUCUAUAUUAUCUAAAAAUCAUUUUCUUGUUAUCUUUGAUUUUUUUUCUUUUUUGGAAUUUAUUUGUGUGGAUCUGCUUCAAUUAAAGCGGUUUAAAGAAGUGUAUCAAGAUAUUUGUAAAACCACGAAUAUAAAACGUAUUGUAUUUUAGUUGGGGUGGGUGAAUAACAACACAUCAAAAAAUAAUUCAUCACACCAUUUCAAAAUUUUCAUUUGAUAAUUAUUACUUCAAUCAUUUUGGGAUUGAAAUUUGAGCUCAAGUUUUCCAUGACGUUCUCCCACUUUGUCUUCUUGUCUCUUAGGAUUCUCUCUUUUCUCCUUAAGGGACAUAUUAAGCUUUAUAGACCAAAAUGCAUAUCAACUACUCUCAAGCAAAUAUUAUAAUAGUAAUUAUUUUUUUAACAUUUAGAAGUCAAUGGUAGAGUGGAAUAUAAUGUUAUUAAUCGUAACUAAAAUUACUAAAAACGAAGUAGUUAUAUGUUAUUGACAACAAAACUAAUACUUGAAUAAUCAGAAAUACAAUCUUUUUUUUUUUUUUUUGAAACACCAGAAAUACAAUCUAUAUAUACAACUUGUUAGUAAAAAAAACCCUAUAUAUACAACUUCAAUGCAUACCAAUCAAAAAUCAUUUGACCAUUUCCAAACGUGAGAAAAAAGUUAGACACUGCAACUCAUAUUGAUUAAUACAUCUAUCAGUAGCACAGGAAAAUUUCAUAUACAACUUGGCUAGGAUCCAGACUCAUUAUAAACUACAAUGUAACAUAAUGUAUGGAUGCAUUUUACCUCAAAAAUUGUAUGCAUGAAAAGAAAAUGUAUGCAUGCACUUGAACAUGAAUGCAUAUAGAAGGAUAAAUGAUUCAUGUCAUCAUCACCAAUGUAAGAAUAUAAGCUCCCAUAUCGGAAAUUUAACUAACUGGAACAUAAAUAAUAUAUAAAAGGUUAUGACCAAUCGAUUUAUCACCAAUUUGUUUUCAGUUAAAAUUUUGUGAUAAGCCGGAAUUUAACAACCAAUAUGGCAAUAUCUAUUGACACAUAGAUGCAUUGUGCAUGCAUGUAUAUAUGUGCAUGUGUAUGCACGCACUUGGUCUUAAUCGGAUACCAAUGCUUGUGAUUGUGUUAGGUAUUUAAACUUUCAUGUGUCAAGUUGCUAUCUGAGUUUGUUGUAUCCGUACCCUCCGAAUAAUUUUUUUUGUUAGGAAUCGAAUAAUUAAUUUAUCUGCCUUUGAUACGAAACCUAAUUAACAUAAUACGUCAAAAGACUAAAAUGAUCUCAAAACCUAAAAUAAAUUACCGAAAAAAAUAAUUAGGCAAUGAUAAGAGGUGUUUGAACUUUUUUACUCUUUGCUGGUCAUUGUAAAAUUAAUAGCACAAUAAUAUAACUUUCUGAUAAUGACUGACGAGAAUGAUAUUAUGAUACAAAUUGGCACUGAUAGUGGAUGCAAGCCCUUAAUAAAAGCUAAUUACAAGGACACAUUAUUUUGGCCUUUAUCAACUAGAAGAAAACUGGACUACGUAUCCGUGAUUAAACUAUGUAUUGUUAAUUAACUAAUAAAGUAAGAAAUUUGUUUUUAUUGUGUGUUUAUAGUUUUCUUGGUAAAAUAAAACAUAAAAAUGGAUCAAUUUUUCCAACAAAAGAGAAGAGAAAAUAUGGAUCGGUUUUACAGACCCUGAACGCAGAGAUUAAAAGAAGCUAGGCACAUAUAAACAUUUAUUAAAAUAUAUUUGUGAGUAUUAUCCAUUUGGGAAAUUGGAUAGAAUGAUUAAAGGUAUGAGCAGAAAAAUAUCAAGUAUAAAAUGGGUAUGUAAUUAUAAAGUUUUCAUAAGAACAAAAGACGUGGAAUUAAAAAAUGUAUCGGAAAAGGUGUGAUGAUAUAAUAGGCUUCGCUUUAGUGAUUGGCUUAUCCUUAAUUCACCAAUCAGUCGGACCAUUAUGACAUCAUCCAUUUUCAAUAAUAAAUUAAUAUAUAUUGAUGAUUGCUUAACGAAGAAGAUCAAUGGAAUUUCGAACUCUCGUAUGGUAUUUAAGAGGCCAAUUAAUGAAUGUCAGAAUUAAAAAAAUUAAGAAAUCUAUUUAUCAGUCAGUCAAAACACACAACUUUGCAACAACGUAGAACUCAAAAAAUGGUAUGAAUUUUAACAUUUACACCCAAAAAACACACACACAACUUUUUAGUUUCUUUGUGUUUUGUUGGGGCAAAUGUAGGUCUAUAUACAUAUUUAGUUUUAGCUAAAAAGCAUAUUUCCAUACCAAAAAGUCGCAUGGUAGUUACUAAUUACAUCAUAUUUCAGUUUGGAUUUUUUCUAAUUUUCUUUACAAAUUAAUACAAUAUAAGGAAUUCUUUGGUAAAGAAUAGAAAAUGGAUUUUUAGCAAAAAGAAGAAGAAGAAUAGAAUAGAAAAUUGAAGGUAGGCCAAUAUCAGGUGGUAGUGUUACUGAUGGGACCAAAACAAUGAAACAUUCAAAACAUUUUAAUAGUUUAUGACCCAAUAAAAAUAAGAUUAAAGGAAUAAUAGAUAAAGGAAACACUAAAGAAAAAAAGCAAAUUGGAGAAAAAAAGUAAAAGAAAAAAUAGAGAUGGGGAAAAAAGAUUUGAGGCUGUGGAAGAAGAACAAACCGUGCAAAAGAACAUGAGGCUGAAAUAAAGAAGAAAUAGACUUUGUCUGAAUGAUAUGACUUGAUGGUGUGUGUGUAUUUGCCUUUUGUUUGACCAACACAGUCGCACUCUCUUUCGUUCAAUAGUCAUUAGAUUUGGCAAAUUAUGCAAUUUCAGGGUUUAAAUCAGUCGGCAAAGUUUACUGUGUCGUGAAUUUCACAAUAAAGAAGAGUAUUGAUGGAUAUAAUUUCCUCAAAUGGUAAGGUAUGCAUCACUAAACAGUAGAACCUGAAAUUAACUUUUGGAAAAGAAUAAAAGCAACUACUAUUACUGUAUUAUAUAACUUUCUGUGAACACCCAAAAUGCUAUGACCAAUAUCAAUAUGCAUAUACAUUAGUUAACACUAGAUUAUAAUAACCCAUGCAUGCCUAAGUUUUUGGUUAUUUAAAGAAAGAUACAUGCUAAAUUUAUAAUAAUGACAAGAAAGAAAAAAGAGACCAACGAAGAUUUGUUCAUUUUCCAAUUAUUGAAUAGUUUUUAAUUUACUUAUUAGCAAAUUUAUGGCAGGAAACUAAAGGACAACCUCAAAUGAUUUUCUAUGACGUUAAUAAAAAGUUAAAACAGUUCUACAACGAAAUGAUCAAAUAUGCACUCGGUUAUAUUAGUUAGUUAAGCCAAAAUUUUGGUCUUAAACCAUACUCAUUUUGCAAGUGUUGUUGAGUCUUCAGCUUCUCACAUCACACUUAUUAUAGCCUUUGCUUUUAGAAAUAGAGAUCUCUAUAAUACGUGUGAUGUGAGAAGCUGAAGCCUUAGCCUUUGUAAUGAACACUAUAAAACGACAAACCAACCCUACCGCCAGAGUCGGCCAUGACCAUGCUAAGUACCAUGCUAAGUGAAACAUUCGCAGCAGGUACUCAAUUUUAUUUUUAAAAAUACAUAUAAAUAGAUUUUCAAAAAAAAAAUUAGAUUCCUACAUUUGUAAAAAAAAUCUUUUUACGUAGAUACAGCUAUAGAUCCCUAAAAUCUCAGAGCCGGCCCUGCCUACACAUAUCUUGCUUUCCUAGUGCAACUAAAGAGUUCGUUUGGUUAUUGUUAAUAAUGCUCUUUGACCAUACAAAGAAGAGUUAUAAGUUAAGUUCUUGUAUAGACGUGAUCUUCUCUAGAUGACUUGAUUUAAUGAGAUUAAAUACGUAAUGAAAAGAAAAUCAAUUAUAGACUGUAGACCUGAGAUUUAUUAUCCGGAAUCCGGAUAUGAUCUGAGAUCUGCUCCGGAUUGGCGUUGAAAAUAGAAUACAUGGGGCGUCCAAAUCCAAAUACGGAUAAUAAAAUUUCGGAUAUGUCAAGACCGAGUCCGAAUCUGGAUAUCUUGAUUUUUAGGUCCAUAUCCGGAUCCAGAUCCGUAAUUUUUAAAGGUUUUAAAUUUUUUAAUCUUAUUAAUAAUUAUACUUGAUAUAUUAAUAUAUACAUAAAAUUAAUUUUAUAAUAUUAUAUAUAAUUUUUAAUAUUAUAUACAUAUAUAUAAAAUUUAUAUAUAUUUAAUUUAUGUAUUAUUUUUAGAAUUUUAAUAUUUUAAAAAAUAUAGAUUUAUUUUUUUAAUUAUUUUUAUGAAUCCAAAUUCGGAUCUGACGAAUCCGCAUGUGUAUCCGGAUACCUUAAAUUUUCUGGAUAUCUGGAUUCGUUCCACUUCUGUGUGACUGUAUUAUUUAUUACCUUAAAUUGAAAGACCAAAGUUCGAGAGUCAUUCUAUUGCAAUUUUUUAAUGAUUUUCCACAGUAUUUUUAUAAGUGUAAAAAUCAGUUAUUUGGCAAGUAUUGAAGACUAUGUAGUACUCCCUCCGUUUCAAAAAUAUCCAUAUUUUAGAAAAAAAUUGUUUCAAAAAGAUAUAUGUUUUACAUUUUCAAUGUAUAAAUUAAUUACAAAUUUCAAAAAACAUAAUGGUGUUUAUAAAGAUUUUAUUGGUUAAAAGUUGUGGAGAAUAUUUGAUAACAGAAAUAAUGCUUGUAAUUAUAAUUUGAUAUGUUUUUUUAAUUAGUAUAAAAAACCUAAAACAUACAUAUGGAGGGAGUAUAAAGUAAUAUGCUUUAGUCUGGAAUUUUCCUUAUCGAGAAAAAACACUAACAUUUAUAAAUGGUUAAGAUAUUAUGCACAAUCAAUGGCUUAUUAGUGUUUAUGGAAUGUACAUGUAUAAUAUAUGGGUGAAGUUCAGUAUGACAUGGUUGUGUUUGAGGCGCGUAAACGUGUAAACAACUGUUUAACUCGGCGGGAACGUAUUAACAAUAAAAUUCAGAGGUUAAAACCAUGUUGAGAAAAAUAAAGUUCAGAGGUUGCAAGAUCAAGGGGGGCCUGCGACGAAUGUUAUGAUCUCAUGUUUGGAUUAUGCAUGGGUUUCGACCUAAACCUUCUAAUAAAAAAAAACAAUAUGGAUCAAAUAUUUAAAUUUCUUGGUAAAAUUCUAGUUUAGUAAUUAUUAUAUUAGUAAUUACCUUUUGUGAUACUAAGAAAUUAGUUAACACCACGUUGUUUUAUAUAUGAUCUAGGACCUCUUAUUAAAAUUUUACGCAGGAAACCAUAUAAUAAUUGAUGCUAUUAGGGAAGAGAAGCAAAUCUCAAGAGUCCAAGAGAUAAUCUUCUUAUUUUUUUCCAUCGAAAAAGAAGAAGCGAGAUGUGAGUUGUGUAGAUGUUGAAAUUAAAUAAAGUAUGUAUAUAUGUAUAUUUAUAAGCUCUAUAAAUUGACUUAUUUGGCAUCAUUACCACUUUAUAUGUUGGCUAGCAAAAGCAUUGUGACUAAACUCAAAUAAUUUUGAAACCCCACAACUAGAAACUAUAAAUUUUCUCUCUGAUGUAAGCACAAAACACUGAUCCAAACUUGAUUUUAUCCACAAUAUAUACAUAACGUGCCCAACUCCUCAUUUGUCAUUAUCAUCAUAAUGCAUGGGCAUGAUAUAUAACCCUUUGUCAGUUCAAUUAUGCGCGAACAUCAUUAUCAUGCAUCAUGUAUGUUCACCUGUUUAAUGCCACUAGAUGGCCAUGGUACCCUCCUAUACUCGCAUUGCACCGGCUACAAAAACUUUCCGGCCACUUGGUUAUUAAACUAAUCAUAUCAUAUGGAGGUGGUGUGUGUGAUGACACAUGGAGGUGGUACAUCAAUCGAUCAUACGAUAUGAUUGGUGUUUAAUGGUUACGAUAUAGCACAAGGCAUGCUUCCCAAGUAUCACCGAUCGAUGAAUAAACAAUACUGUCAAUGGAAACAACUCAUUUUAAUUCAUGAGAAACCAGUUAUCAAUGUCGUAAUUUAUCUUUAAUAUUACCUACAAAACAUUAUGUUUAGUAUCAACUUUAUAUAUUUGGAGAUUUAUAUGGCAACCUGCAAAUAAAUAAAUAGUCUUCUCAAUAAUUUAAGGAGAACAAAACAUGCCAAUGGGUCAUGUAGAAGACAUAAUCUUUUUUUUUUUGAACACGUAGAAGACAUAAUCUAAAUUAUUUUAUUUCAAAAGCUAAACCCUUAAGCAUGUGUCACGAAAGCCACCAAUUUGCAAAAAAAAAUGUGGUCCACUUCUAUGCCUUUAUCUGCUGUAUAAACACUCCUUCUCAUUCAAUCUCCACCAUUAACUCACUCUCGUUGAGCUCUAACAACAUCAGUGAGAGAGCGAGAGAGAGAGAGAAACUGACCAUGCAGCCAAAUUAUGAUAGCUCAAGUCUUAACAGCAUGCAACAACAAGAUUACUUCCACUUAAACCACUAUUACAACAACCUAAACCCUUCAACCAAUAUCAACAAUCUCAAUCUUAUCCCAUACCCUCAAAUUCAUCAAGAAUUCAAUCUACAAUCACCAGGCAACAACUCCACCACGUCCGAUGAAGCAACUGAAGAUAUCUUCGUCAUCAACGACAGAAAGCAAAGACGUAUGGUAUCUAACAGAGAAUCAGCAAGAAGGUCAAGAAUGAGAAAGCAAAGACACUUAGAUGAGCUUCUCUCUCAGGUUGCUUGGCUAAGAAGCGAGAACCAACAGCUUUUAGAUAAGCUUAACCAAGCCUCGGAUAGCAAUGAUCUUGUUCUUCAAGAGAACUUGAGGCUUAAAGAGGAAAAUGUAGAACUUCGUCAAGUUAUCACAUCCAUGAAGAAGCUUGGAGGAAGCACAAGCAUCCAAGGAAGAUACUGCUCUUCUUCAUUGGAUCAUGAGUUGGAUCAAGACUUCUCUUGUAUUACAAAUGAUCCAAGGACUCAUCAUCCAUCAUGAGUUGUUCGUUCUGAUCGAACUUUAAGUUUCUACCUCUAAUUAAUCUAUCUCCUUUUUUUGUAUCCACAAAACUCUGGCUCCUAUAUAUCUUUAUGAGCCGAGAACAAAGUGGAUUUUUAUGUAUUUUUUUCUCUGGGCUAGGCUUAGGUCUAGCACCGUUGAAACGUUACUUUUAUAACGGUUUAACUACGUACCAAAGUUUGAGUUUUCUUUUCCAGCUACUUGUGAUCAUGAAUAAUGAUUUGGAAGAUUGCUUCUAUAUGUUAUAAUCUUGAUUUUGUA